AACAAAGCUGCUCAGACAGUACGAGACGCGGAGCUCUUCAGCAGAACUUGAAUGCAAGCGUUUUACAUUGGGUCAGGAUCCCAGACUGACUGCGGAGGCUAACCCCCUGGGAAGCGAAUGAAGAAACACGUCUUACUACUAUUCAACUAUAGGGGACUUGUCAGAAAAGGAAAAAAGAGUAAAAGAAGAAAAUGGCCAGUUUUAUAUUACGGAAAGCCGAGCCCAAGGACGUGUCCGACAUACUGCGACUCAUAAAGGAACUUGCGAAGUACGAAGAAAUGGAGGAUCAAGUUGUAUUGACAGAAAAAGAUCUUCUUGAAGAUGGAUUUGGAGAGCACCCAUUCUACCACUGUGUUGUUGCGGAAGUGCCAAAGGAGCAGCAGUCUUCAGAGGGACACACUGUGGUUGGAUUUGCUAUGUACUACUUCACAUAUGACCCUUGGAUUGGGAAGCUGCUGUACCUGGAGGAUUUCUAUGUAAUGAAAGAAUACAGAGGGUACGGAAUGGGGUCAGAAAUCCUGAAGAAACUAAGCCAUACUGCGGUGAAGACUCGCUGCAGCAGCAUGCACUUCAUAGUGGCGGAGUGGAACAAGCCGUCCAUCGAGUUCUACAAGCGCCGCGGCGCCUCUGACCUGUCCUCGGAGGAAGGCUGGCGGCUCUUCAAGAUUGACAAGCAGUACCUGGUGAAGAUGUCAUCUGAGGAGUGAGGGCUGGCCGCGCGGAGUGUGAAGGGCACCAGCUACCCACUCAAAUUUCUUUUGGAAUUUGUGUUUUUUCCUUAGUGGGGAAUUAUUUCUUUACUUGUGAUUCAUUGAGUAUUGAUUCCAUGCAAGCUAUUUGUGCUAUAUAUUUGUUUUAAUAAUGUGCUUUGUUUCCAUCUACCAGAGUAAGAUCCUCUUGCCACUUACUUUGCUAUGAAUAAACUCAAUAGAUUUCAUGUUGGAAGAAUCAAUCCCAAAGUAGUUUAUGUAUUACUGUUUGAAAUUGAUGGAAACCUAGCACUUAAGUGGGAAGGGGGGGGAUAGGUAAUCGCAGUAUGGGUGCUGGUGGCAGUUUUAUUUUCUAAACUGUUAAAUGUAGCUUUGAUUUAUGUAUUUAAUGCUAGAACUAGUUUUGUAGAAUUUCACUGUCUCAGCAUUAUACAAAUAAAGAAUACAGUGAUGUUUA